UGAGGCUUGAGAUGCUUCUUUACUCGUUUUAUUGCCCCGUCCUAUAUUCUGUCACCAAUACAUCUCAACAGCAGAUGUCAAGCCCAAACAUGUCCAUCUCAUAUAUUCAGGCUUGAGAGAUGUAACCGGACACUCACAUUUGCUUUUUCUUCCCCGCACAUGGAAAUGACUCUCCCAUCCUGUCUCGGCACCCGCGUAUCUUUCCAUAAUGGGCGAUGGAUGGAUGUUCUUUUCGAUCCUGUCCAUUAUUAGUGCUGCUUCCUCGAAAUCCUCAACCCCUCAUCUGAACUUAACCUCCGAGUUAUCACUCCGGAUUGCCUCUUUUCCCAAAGUCCCCCCUUCAAAUAUAAAAACGUCACCAAUAUGACAUACACAAUCCUCGCCGUCCUCUCCCGCAAGCCGGGCCUUACCCCAACCCAGUUUAAAUCCUACUACGAAACCACCCACGUCCCCCUUGUAAAAGAGAUAGCCGGCUCGCACCCACCAACCGUCUAUAAACGCUACUAUCUCCCUCGCGCUCAUAUCCAUGGGCAGGGUGGAAUCGAUGACACAAACGCAGGUGCAGAUGCAGAUACAUCGAACACCGCGUACCCAGUUACUACAGCCUUAGCCGGCAACCCCUCGGGUUUGCAAUUUGACGUCUAUACGGAGAUGGUCUUCGAGGAUGAGAACCAUUUCGGAUCAUUCCAGGCCGCACUAGAGGAGAACAGCGAGCGGGUUAAAGCUGAUGAGGCGGCGUUUUUGGAUACGAGUAGGAUCCAUAUUGUGAAGAUUGAUGGUCCUUUUGCGUGAGGAACGAGUAGGUAGCGACAAGAGAGUCAAAGGACCUAUAUCAUAGCACUCGAUAAGUGCUCUAUACAUAUAAUAUACUUUCGUUACUAAAGCUCAUUCUAAGUUUAUGAUUAUAUGUGAUCAUUAAUCCCUGUGUAUAUAUUUCCGGAAGGUUGAUUCGCAGGAUGUUUGAAUGGGACACGUCGGUUCUCUAUAGAGAAGAUACAAAGCCCCUUAUAAGUUGACCCG